AUGCCGUCAGACAGAAGAAAAACCGGGGCUACUUCUAAAAAACAGGUUGAGGAGUGCUCACAGAAGAAUGCAGGUAGUGAACCGUUAGAAGACCCAGCCGAUAAUGAGUCAAUUGUUACCACUAUUCAGGACAUUAAAUCAUCAGUGGAAACUAUUAGAAAUGAUUUGUCGGAGGGUGAUCAGAGUGUAAAUGCAAAAUUAAAAUAUGUUUCUGAACAAAGUGAGAGCAAUUAUGAAGAUAUAUCUUUGCUGCGUCAAGAAAACGCUCAAUUGCGGAGAGAACUGGAAUUACUACGAUCGGUUGUAAUCCGAAUGGACAGGAAAAUGUCCGUCAUCGAAAAUGAUGUUACGGAUCUUAGAUCAAGGUCAAUGCGGGAUAAUAUCCUCAUUCAUAAUUAUCCUUUCGAACCCAACGAAAACCUAACCACGUCCAUGCCAGCUACUUUUAAAGAACUUCUGGGGGUGGAUGUCAGCUUUGUAAGGAUUCAUAGGAAUGGGGUGCGUCCAGAAUAUAAUUCCGAUCGACCUGUAUCCAUUACCGCAAAGCUGACUGACCGUAGUAAAAUCAACACAAUUCUUAAUGCCCAAAAGCUAAAGAAAAUUGCUAAACAACCAUUGCCUUUCUUUAUUACAACGCAGCAACCUGCAUCUAUUGUUUCCGCUCGAAACAAGGUGUUUGAUACGGCAGAUAGUUUGCGCAGCCAAAACAUCACUGUUAAGAUUCAAAAGAAUCAGGUCAUCUUGCCCAACGGCUCCACAUAUAAAGAUGACGUACCAUUUCUCACAAAUGCAGAUGCUUUAUUGGUAACACCUGAAGAGACAGAACACCUAGACUCGGUUGAAAUAAAAAACUCGGACCCAAUCAAAAAGGACGGUUCGGAAUUUAUGGCUUUCGGUGCUCGAGUUAAAAAUGUGGAUGAUGUGAAGAAGAUGUACAGCAAAGUCCUAAUAGAUCCCUAUGCAGCAAGUGCUGAUAACCGAAUUUUGGUGUACAGAUUAUCUACAGAGAACGGUACCGUUCACGAAAAUUAUCAUGACGAUUCAGAACACGGGGCUGGGCGUAAGAUGCUGCGCUACAUGAAAGAAAACAAUAUAAACAAUGCAGCUUUCGUUAUCACAAGGUGGAUGGGGGAUGCCCAUAUUGGACCCCAGAGAUUUUCAAUUAUGGAACAAGUGAUUAAUGAAGUCGCCAAUUCUUUAGAAAUGUGACUUUUCAAACAGUUUAAGACUGACGGUAACUAUAAUAUCAGGUGACCUUUUUGAUCUUGUAAAUAUGUUCAUUUUUCAUAUAUAGGCCUAAGUACGAAUAUUAAUGCCGUUUUCCCUUCAAAUUCAAUACAACGAAAGUUUUUAUUAAGAAUAUUAUUUUUGUUUAAUAUAUAAAUGGGUAAAGCCGGAUUUAAAAGUAGUUUUCAACUUGGAAAAUAUAUUCAUACUUUUCCG